CCGCAAAACACUCCCCCCCGCCCGCCCCCCGCCCGCAACUCGCUCCGCCCGGCUUUUUCUCGCUCGCUCGCUCGCGAUUCUUUUGCUCUUCCGCAAAUCCCUAGUCGAGAGUUAGGUUUCGUAACAGUACACGGAAGAUGUCGCCCUCUGAUUCUUCACGGGAGGAAUAUGUGUACAUGGCCAAGUUAGCUGAACAGGCUGAGCGGUACGAGGAGAUGGUGGAUUUCAUGGAGAAAGUUGCCAAGACUGUGGACGUCGAGGAGCUAACCGUUGAGGAACGUAACCUUUUGUCUGUGGCGUACAAGAAUGUGAUUGGGGCCAGGAGGGCAUCGUGGAGGAUCAUUUCUUCCAUUGAGCAGAAGGAAGAGAGCAGGGGUAACACCGAUCAUGUCUCGAUCAUUAAGGACUACAGGGGAAAGAUCGAGUCCGAGCUCAGCAAGAUCUGUGAAGGCAUUCUCAGCCUUCUUGAGUCGCAUCUCAUUCCUUCAGCCUCCUCUGCUGAGUCCAAGGUGUUUUACCUUAAGAUGAAAGGUGAUUACCACAGGUAUCUGGCAGAGUUUAAGACUGCGACUGAAAGGAAAGAAGCUGCCGAGAGCACUUUAUUGGCCUACAAAUCUGCUCAGGAUAUUGCUGGGGCCGAACUGGCUUCUACUCACCCAAUUAGGCUGGGACUUGCGCUGAACUUCUCUGUUUUCUACUAUGAAAUACUUAACUCUCCUGAUCGGGCUUGCGCUCUUGCAAAGCAGGCAUUUGAUGAGGCCAUCGCUGAGUUGGAUACGCUGGGCGAGGAAUCAUACAAGGACAGUACAUUGAUCAUGCAACUUCUUCGAGAUAACUUGACUCUGUGGACUUCUGAUCUCACGGAUGAAGCUGGGGAUGACAUUAAGGAAGCUUCGAAACUGGAGUCUGGAGAGGGGCAGCAAUGAUUUGCUAGGAUGAUGUCAGUACUUUAAUGAUAUUUUGCACCGUCGUAGAUGCCUUGUGGUUUGUCACAGUGAAGAUUAUUUAUGAACUGAGAGUGCUAUAAGUUGUUUCUCUAGUGUUCCUUGAUGAGAUUCGGGUUGGUCUUUAGAGUGUUCUAAUGGAUAUUACUAUCUCAAAUUGUCGGUUCCGUGUGCGCUCUUUCGUGCUGCCUAGUUUAAAUUGCACGGACCCGUUGCAUGUGAUUAUAGAUUUCUUUCUUUAUCAGUUAAUGCUAAGACAGUUCAAGGA